AGGAGCGUUUGCAGCUAAUGUCAGCUGAGGUUUGCUUUUUGUUUGUUUCUCAAACCUGUAAGAAAAAUCUAUUUUGCUCAUCCUGAAAUCUGUAGUUAUUUUUAAAAAAUGCGACCAAAGCAUAAACAAAACUAUUUAAAAUUAAUUCAUUAUUUGUAGAUGUGUUUUAGAGGCAGGAUUUUGUUCUGAAAUGAUUUGAUGCUGAAUUUUAUUUUAGAUUUAGUUUUUGUGCUUUAAUCCCACCGAAUUCCAUUAAUAAUUUUUUUUCGAACAGAAAUUAAAAUAAAGUUCAUAUUUUAUAUGAUUUUCUGUAUAUUUUUCCUCUUAUUUUGUAAUUAAAAAACGUUCGGUGGAGAGGAGCAACUGUGACUUUUAUUUUGAAAAGUUCACACUGGUAAUUCCGUUUCCGGAGCAAAUGAAAGGCGAUUUUGUUUGUUUUUAGAAAUUAAACCUUAAAAUGUCAGGAAGUUCCGUGUUUUGCUCAGAAAUAAAAUCUGUUUUGAAGACGCUCGUAGAGGCAGCGGUCGAUGUGACCGGAGGUUCCGAUGAAGAAAAGAAGCUAACAUUGGACCGCAGGCCUGAUUUUGACAGCGUGGUGGGUUUGUUGGCACGAGAGGCGACCAGAACAAUCGGUGGCGUUUUCUCUCAGCUGAUCGCCGAGAACGCCGCUUUGAAGACCCGAGUGGGACGGCUGGAGAGCGAGCUGAAGACCGCCACAGAGAGUCUGCAGAGGUCAAACCUGUGGAGGGAAAACGUCCUGAGCGGCUGCCCCGUGCUGUUCCAGGACAGCGGGCUGGUCUUCACCCUGAAGCCGCUCGGAAAGCUAACCAUAAACUCCAACAGAGCCUCAGAGGGAGACCACCAGACCUCACCUGCUGCUGGCCAGGGACCAGACGGUGGGGAGACAUUGGACGAAGAGAUUUUGUCUCCAGCAAAUGAACAAGACUCGGCUCAGGAUUUUGCCGUAACGAACGCCCCCGAGCUCCAAAACCCACCCGAAUCUGUGGUCAGAACCGCGGGGAAAGUGUUUGUUUGUGAGGUUUGUGAGAAGACUUUUACCCGUCAGUUUCACCUGAUGAAGCACAUGAACGUCCACAGAGACCGGAGGCCGUUCGCCUGCGACCAGUGCCCCCGAAGAUUCACCAACGCCCAAACCUUCGAGCUCCACCUGCUGCGACAUGAAGAAAAGAAACAGGCGGCGUUUCCCUGCCGGCUCUGCGAGAAGACUUUCAGAACCAAAGCGUGCCUGAAGACCCACCAGCUGGUGCACUCGGACACGAGGCCGUUUGGCUGCUCCGCCUGCGGGAAGGCCUUCAAAACCAAACACAACCUGCAGGCUCACCGGGCCGUGCACCUGGUGGAGAAACCGCACAAGUGCUCAGAGUGCGGGGAGAGCUUCAGGAACACCAUCAGCCUGCAGUGCCACCGGAGCGUCCACACCGGGGAGAACCCAUACCGAUGUCCUGUGUGUGGGAAAACCUUCACAGGGAGGAGGUCGCUGCGGACGCACCAGGCUGUCCACAGAGGGAAACUGUUUACCUGUGAGACCUGUGGAGCCGGCUUCACCCUCCGGCAGAACUUGAGGAGACACAUCCGCAUUCACACGGGAGAAAAACCGUUAGCCUGUAAGGUCUGCGGGAAGCGCUUCAUGCAGGACAACAAGCUGAAAGCUCACAUGCUUCUGCACGGAGCUACGAAGGCGUUCAUGUGUGACCUCUGUGGAAAGACUUUUCUGUACAACUGCCAGCUGCAGAAACACCAGAGAGUUGCUCAUGACGAGAAGAGGGGUUUCAGGAAGCGACCUCGAGAGCGAGCCGAUCGCAGAGUCAUCUACAGACGAGACAAAACGAUCGUUAACGUGACGCCGUUCAGCUGCGGCAGCUGCCACAAAAGCUUCGACUCAGCAGCAUCGCUGAAGAAACACGAGUUGAUCCACACAGGUGACAGGAAGCACACCUGCAGCCAGUGCGGCAGGUCCUUCUUCUACAAGGCCACCUACCAAUACCACCUCCGAAUUCAUUCGGGAGAACGGCCAUUCGCCUGUGACGUCUGUGGAGAGCGGUUCAUCAUUCGUCAGGCGCUCGUGUCUCACAGCCUGCAGCACUCUGGAGAGAAACCGCACAAGUGUGAGCAGUGCGGAAAGACCUUCAGGAUCUACACAAACUACCUACGACACCUGCGGAUCCACACGGGGGAGAAGCCGUACGAGUGCGAGGUCUGCGGCGUUCGCUUCCGGCAGCUCGGACACGUGAAGUUUCACAUGCAGGUGCACACGGGGGAGAGACCGCUCUCUUGCAGCAGCUGCGGACUCGGGUUCUCAGACUCCAGGCUGCUCAAGAAGCAUAAAUGCAACGAGUAGUACGAGAAAGCGUCAGGGAGCAAAGAGUCCUGAAAUUAUCAGGUCACCUGCAAAACACCAGAAAAUCUGAACUGAACUGAGAGCAGAAGCUAAAUGUUGAGAUUUAAUUUGACAAAAUCUGCCUGAAAAGGGUUUACUUUGAAUUGUAAAAUAAGUAUUUUUCUUACAUCUUAUUUGUUAAUUUGUUUUGGUAAAAUCUU